AUGGCUGCUUCUUCAAUCUUCAUGGCAACUCCCAUCACACUCCUCAAGAAAACUCCCACCUUCUCCGUCAAAUGUAUGUCACAAACACCUCAAAGCGGUGAACCGGGGGUUUCAAAACCAGCAACCACCCCAACACCACCACAGAUCAACAUUCCUCCUCCUCCGCCACCUGCUCCAAAGGUCAGCACGAAGUUCUCUGACGUGUUGGCGUUUAGUGGACCUGCACCGGAGAGGAUCAACGGAAGGUUAGCCAUGAUAGGGUUUGUGUCGGCGAUGGCUGUGGAACUGAGCAGCGGUCAAGAUGUGUUCACCCAGAUCGGCAACGGCGGUGUUGCGGUGUUUGUCGGGACAAGUUUGGUGUUGACGUUGGCGUCGUUGGUGCCGUUGUUUAAAGGGUGA